GACGCCAGAACCCGGGACCGCAGUACGGAAACGGCCCGGGGCUGAGCUGCAGUCAGAUCCGGGGAUGGAGGGAGCCGGAGAAGAGGCGUGAGGAGGCCGAGAAAGCAGGCUCUGCUGCCCUCCUGGAGGCUGCAGCCUGCUGUGACAGUGGAGGACCAGGCCACCCAGAAAGGGAAGGGGUCAGGAGGUCGGGCCUGGGCUGCAGCAGGCUCAGAUAAGGCCCGAGAAGGGAGCACCAGGCACCCUCGAGUUCAGGGCCCAGGCGUGGCUGGAGUUGUCCAAAGGGGGCCUAGACCAGGCCUCUAGUGGGGAAACCGAGUCAGAGUCAGGCCUUAGGGCUGGGCCCAGACGCGUGUGAGCCAAGUUAGGGGUAGGGGGCCAAGGCCCUUGAGGGUCUCCGAGACUAAGGGGGGUAGGGGGCUUCAGAGCCUCCCAGUCCAAAGCUGGAUUGGCGAGUUAGACGCUUGUAGAUCCAAGGUUGGAUUGGGGAGGGGUCUCUGGGACAUUGGUUAGCUACGCAAGGAUUGGGGGGAUUUAAGUGCUUAGAGAUCGAAGGCAGGACUUGGGUAGGGGGAGUCAGACAAUUGGAAAGCCUAGGUGGUUAUUUGGGGAGGGGUCUUUGCGCUUUGGCUAAGCGCAAAGCUGCGCCUGUUUGAUUUGAGGUCGGAGGCCUUGUCAAGAGAAGCUGCUGGUGAAGGGUGGGCUGACUAGGCCAGGUCGAGAGAGAGAAAGUGAACAAAUCAGGACUAUAAGUGGGCGGGGGGCCCCUGAGAGGGGGGUCACAAAGGGUGAGACAUGGCCACCAGGCGUUUAACCGACGCUUUCUUGUUGUUGCGGAAUAAUUCCAUCCAAAACCGGCAGCUGUUAGCCGAGCAAGUGAGUAGUCACACCACCUCCAGCCCUCUGCAUUCACGUAGCAUUGCUGCGGAGCUGGAUGAGCUCGCCGACGAUCGUAUGGCUCUGGUGUCAGGCAUUAGCUUGGACCCAGAAGCAGCAAUUGGCGUAACAAAACUGUCACCUCCUAAAUGGGUGGAUGGAGUGGAUGAAAUCCAGUACGAUGUCGGCCGGAUUAAGCAGAAGAUGAAGGAAUUAGCCAUCCUUCAUGACCAGCAUUUGAACAGACCCACCCUGGAUGACAGCAGUGACCAGGAGCAUGCCAUUGAAAUAACCACCCAGGAGAUCACUCAGCUCUUCCACAGGUGCCAGCGUGCAGUGCAGGCGCUGCCCAGCCGGGCCCGCAGGGCGUGCUCGGAGCAGGAGGAGCGAUUGCUCCGCAACGUGGGGGCCGCCCUGGCACAGGCCGUGCAGGAGCUGUCCGCCAGCUUCCGGCGCGCGCAGUCCGCCUACCUCAGACGCCUGAAGAAUCGAGAGGAAAGAUCCCAGCAUUUUUUUGAUACAUCAGUACCACUAAUGGACGAUGGAGACGAUAAUACUCUUUAUGAUCGGGGUUUUACAGAUGAGCAGCUAGUGCUGGUGGAACAGAACACACUGAUGGUGGAGGAGAGGGAGCGAGAGAUUCGCCAGAUCGUGCAGUCUAUUUCUGACCUCAAUGAGAUAUUUAGGGACUUAGGAGCCAUGAUUGUAGAGCAGGGUACAGUCCUUGAUAGAAUUGACUAUAAUGUUGAACAGUCCUGUAUCAAAACUGAAGAUGGCUUGAAACAGCUUCACAAGGCAGAGCAGUAUCAAAAGAAGAAUCGGAAGAUGCUUGUGAUUUUAAUAUUAUUUGUCAUCAUUAUUGUCCUCAUUGUUGUCCUCGUCGGCGUGAAGUCUCGCUAAGCGGCGUUGGUCUGUGUGCGCUGCGUGCUUGCCUCCGCGGGCGCGAGGGGCUGGGCCGCGCCCCGGGCUGCCUGCGGAGGUGCAGCCCCAUCGCGUGGGGGCAGCACGCGUUCCCGUGGACUCCUCGUCACAGUCGUGCUCAAGCCGGGGGAGUGGGCUUCUGUUUUUCCUUCACUGUCAAGACUUUAAGGACCUUUGAUACUGCUGCAGAAAUAGAGAUGGAGUUAUCAUCAGUUAUAAUAUAUUUUUUUUAGAAAGAGGAAAUGAGGUGGACGUUUACAGGCACUUCUUCGUAAGCUGUUCGAUAUUAUAUGUGUAUAUGCUAUUUUUUUUAGCAGUCAUGUCUGAGCAGCAUGUUAAAUAAUUUUUGGAAAAAAUUUUUUGAAAACCAUCUGGUUUUUAAGAAAUUUGGUACCAAAAAUUUAUGAGUAGAGGCAAAAAUGCCUCUUCAUCUUUCUCUAUAUAUUUCCCAGUUGAAAAUAAACUGAGAAGUCCUUCAAGAAUUUAUAAUCCGUUCCUCAUUAACUUAAUUUAGCUUUUCCAUCACUGUUAAUGAUCAGAGUAACAAAGUGUGAAAAAUAAGAAACCAUCAUUGAUGUUAAUUAACACAUUUAGAUGGUCCAGUUAAAACAGCUUCAUAAGUUUAAAUUAAUUGUAAAUGGAGGAUUCCUCAUCUAAAAUUUGUGCAUUGCAUUUUCUACUGUAAACCAAAAGGGGUUACUAAGCAAAACCACCUAAAUUUAAAAGUUGGUGAUUUGAAUCAACCUCACAUGAAAAGGAAGCUUGGUAGUGUUGUGAAAGUCACCAGAACCGGCCAGUGUGUCCCUGUGCGCGUCCCCAGCCCUUGUUCUCAAUCCAUUGCUUAGAUACUAACGACGUAAUGACCUGUUCAAACCAGACACCGUUUAAUGAGCUGUGAUUUUACACAGAGGCCAUUCUAAAUGGGUCACCCCAUUUGGAUCUCAAAUUAUUAACCAAACAUCACUCUAUUUCAAAGUAAAAGAUCCCACCAGCGGUUUAAUUUCUUGGCUCUCCCAUUGCCACUUAACAUGCCCAGAAAGUAGGCAGGCAUUGCUCCUGCGGGCUGUGCAGACCUUGGCGAGGCACUCCCUCGUCUGUGCGAGGGCGGCGGCGCGGAUCGCCAAGGUCGGACUCUGUCGUUUACUUACCUACUAUCAAUAUGGUGCUUGAAUAUAUUCCUGGAACUGUAGAAUAAUGUGCAAAGUGAUGAUAACUUUGAAAACUGAAGUUGUUCAUGCUUUAAUUGGCCUUCAGACACCGGUACCGUUUUAAUGGUCUUUGUGUAAGUUUUGAUGGCUUUUCCAUUGUUUUACCUCUGACGUGCUACAUUUUAUUGGGACCAGUUACGUAAAAUGCCUCUCUAGAAUUGACUUUGAGGUUGUUUCUAGGAAUUUAAACUCACGUCCAGAGAUUCAAGUUGUCCAACUACCCAACCCCUUGGCCCAGCCCUUGCCCCCCGAGUUGUUUACGACGCCGGGCAGCCACUGUUACGGAUGUGGCUGUGGAAUGAUCCGACGAUCUCCCUGGCGUUUCAGGAAAUAGCUCGGUGCUCCCUGACAGACAGUUAUUUAUUAGGAAAGAAGGACAGGGAGUAAGAACGCAGCCCCCUUGGAUUGCUCCUGCAAUGCGGGGCGUCGACAGGCCUUGAAGGUGGCUGUCGUGUCUUUUAGUCCCAGCCAGUCUAGACCAGCUGCUCCUAGCAGUUGGGGUGUUGAGGUCAGGGGCCUUCCCUCCCAGACAGUCUCUGAUGGUAAUAGUGGAUUAUUGAGUCUUACUAAUCCUUGAAGGAAAGUGACACUUUAAGAAAGGAUCACCUUUUAUUUAUUCUAAGUGAAUAGGGCGAUUAGGGUUGGUUUUGUCCCUUCAACCUAUUUGGGUAAAACAAUGGAUCUGAUUAGAAAUGGUUUUAAGGAUCUCAUGUGGGGCACGGGAACUGAACCAUUCCUACUGAAACCAGGGCACUGCCAGCGAAAGCGCGAGCUGUCCGCUGCCAUCACUGUGUCCCAAGGGAAGAAGUGGCCCAGAGCCUGUGCGCUGACGUGCUGGGCUCCUCCAAACACUGUAUUUUUCUGUUUAGUCUUUACUUGGGGAGAGAUCAGCAGCACUGGGCGAAGUAAGAGAAAAUGAGUGAUGGUGCCCUGGUAGCUCGGGGCCACUCUUUCCCCCUAAGGACCCAGGUUCCUUUACCAGCUGACGGCCAUUGUCUGUGGGAAGGCCGCUCGCUUGCAGGCUCUGGUGGGGUCUGGCGGUUAUGAGCGCUCGCUGCGGCCUCGCCCCUUGCCUGGGAUUCUCCCUGAGGAGAAGUGGGAGCGAUGGCUCCUUCUGGGCGCCCCGGGACACCUGCCCUCUUGACGUGUCCUGGGGUGGCCCUGUUGACCCGUGCAAGAGGACAAAUGUCAAUGUUCACUGUUAGGUCUCCAACGCUCCCGAUCUUUCCCCAGAUUGUAACUGAAAUCUACUGUCUCUUAUUUUAUUAAUUUGGGGGUGGGAGGGUGCUGGCGUCGCCAUGGGCUUGAAGCAGUGUAUGUCUCUUAAUUUAUCGGAUUUACCGCUUUCUCUCCUAAUUGAGAGGGCAUUAUUUAUUUGUUUUGACACAAGUGCUUUCAGUGUUUUAUCCUAGCUAAUGGCUUCUUAAAGGUAAUAAAACCCUUCCAACCUAAUUGGUCAGAUAAGACUUUUUUUCUUGUGUGCUUAAAUAAAGCAAUUAGUGACGCGCUUCUACCCAACAUGACUUUUUUUGUCCUUUUUAAAAACUAAUUUACUGUUACUGGAAAGUUUUUGUAUAAUAAAGCAAUCAUGCUGAUUGAAGAACA